AUGAGUAUCAACGUCUAUCAACUACCCAUUGAGCAGCUCGAAGGCCUCAAGGAGCAGCUGGACAAUGAUGUGCGUAGCCUUGGGGCAGCUUACGACGGCCUCUACAACGGCCGCACUCGCUACCAGGACAACCACGACGUCGUUGUCCAGUACGGUGCCCUUUUGGAGAACGCGGCCAACAAAGAAGCGGCGCAGGAGGUGCUCGUGUGCAUGACGUCCUCACUCUUUGUACGCGGCACCGUUGUGCAGAGUGACAAGGUACUGGUGGACGUCGGCACCGGUUACUUCCUGGAGCAGUCGAUGGAGCACGCAAAAAAGUACUUCACAUCUCGUGCGGCGCAGAUCAAGGAGAGCAUGGACCAGAUAGAGAAGACAAUCAUGGUGAAGCAGCGGCAGCAGAACCAGGUCAUUGAUGCACUCCAGCAGAAGACACUGGCGAUGCAGCGCUACCGCGAGGGGCACGGGAAUGAGUGA